CCUCGGACGCCAACAUGUAACUGCUGCACCAUUUAAGGUGGAACGGGAAAAUUCGAGCAAGAAGCCGGCGAAUAGGAAGCCAGCUUCCGCCUCGUGUAUGAACGUGCCCAAUGUUGAUUUAAUUAUCCUUCAUCCAUGAGCGUCUUGCUGGUGGAGGCUUUCUACGGUGGCUCUCACAAGCAGCUGAUUGACCUGCUUCAGGAGAGCAUAGGUGACUGCGUGACCUAUACUCUGCCUGCUAAGAAAUGGCACUGGAGGGCCAGAACUGCUGCCCUGUAUUUCAUGCAGGCUAUUCCUACCAGCCCCUCAUACAGGGUUUUGUUUACCAGUUCGGUGCUUAAUCUUGCUGAAUUGGUGGCCCUGAGACCAGACCUCGCUUCUCUGAAGAAGAUACUCUACUUCCAUGAAAACCAGCUGAUCUACCCCGUUCGUAAAAGCCAAGAGAGGGACUUCCAGUAUGGUUACAACCAGAUCCUGUCAUGCUUGGUCGCGGACGUGGUGGUGUUCAACUCGGCCUUCAACAUGGACUUCUUCCUGUCCUCUAUCUCCACCUUCAUGAAGACCAUGCCUGACCACCGGCCCAAAGGCUUGGACCAGCUCAUCCGGCCCAAGUGCAGAGUGCUGUAUUUCCCCAUCCGAUUCGCCGAUGUCACAAGAUUCCUGCCCGAACACAAGCUCCAGCUACAGCAAACCCAGGCGCUGCAUACCAGCAGCUCUCAGGAUUCCCCAGACCUCUCUGAGAUAACAAAAGCAAGCUCCACUGCUUCCAUACAAGAGUCUCAAAAUGAGCCCCCUGUGAAGAAACCAAGUAAGGCAGGACCACUGCAAGGAAAUGACAUGGAAGAGAUGGAGCAUCAGCCAGCAUUCAGCCAUUGUGUUGACCAAGAGCCGGGGACACCACGACCUCUCCACAUAGUCUGGCCCCAUCGCUGGGAACAUGACAAAGACCCUCAGCUGUUCUUCCAGACCUUGCUGAAGCUGAGAGAGCGGGAACUGAACUUUGAAGUGUCUGUCCUCGGGGAAACGUUUACCGACGUGCCAGACAUCUUCGCCGAAGCCAAAGAACAGUUGGUCAGCCACAUCCGGCACUGGGGUUUCAUGCCCAGUAAGGAGGACUACCUCAGAGCGCUGUGCCAAGCAGAUGUCGUCGUUUCUACGGCCAAGCACGAGUUCUUCGGCGUGGCCAUGUUAGAAGCGGUCCACUGUGGUUGCUACCCUCUGUGCCCGAAAGCUCUCGUCUACCCAGAAAUAUUCCCUGGUUUGUAUCUGUACUCAACACCUGAACAGCUUUGCAAGAAGCUUCAGGGUUUCUGUAAGCAUCCACAUCUAGUUAGACAGCAUGUUGUUCAGGUGAAUACUAGCACAUUUUCCUGGGACUCUUUAGGAGAGGAAUACAGAUCGCUGCUAACAGCAGGUUCCUCCACCUCUUUAUGACUGACACAAACUCAAGAUGCCACAACAUCUGAAAGACCUUAGUCGUAACUAAGGCACACCCUUAAGAAAGCUUGGCAGGAUAUUUCUAAGUGCCACACUAUUUUAAACCUUUUUUUUAGGUGUAUUUUUAGAUUUUUACUACAGACACACCAAUGCCACUUUUUCUCCCCCAAUACCAAUUGCAGUACCUGUAGUCAGACUGAGCACUAGGGGUGGGAAAUAUGACAGUAUUUUAUCGUUAUAGUGAAUAUAAUUACUUGAACCCUCCUGCAUAACACUGACAAAAUCAUAAACAUGUCGUGGCAGAUGUCAUAUGCUGUCAUGCGUUGUCGUGACAGAUUUUGGUCAGUGAUAUAACGGUAUCAUGUUACUAUUCCUGGUAAUUUUCAUGACAGAUGUCGUAAUGUUUGAUGGUAAUAGUAAAUGAAAACUCACAACAGCAUAAGACAUCUGCCAUUAUAUGUUUAUGGCUAGGUUAUGUCAAUGUAAUGUAGGAGGGUUCAAGUGAAGUGUUUUAUUAUUUUUUCAGUAUGUCACAAUGUGCUUUUUUAUUGUGGGUAUCAUCAGUAUUUAAAGAAUAUUGACAUGAUUCAUUGCAAAAACAGUAAUUAGUCAUCUUUAAUUAGACAAAUGUUGAAUAGAAAUCAUUAAAAAGUGUGAAAAAAAUUGA